AUGCAAAAUCCCAUCAACUUUAGAUCAGCUGGUACCAUUAACCCUUCUCAAUCAGCAGCAACCGGAUCAUCAUCGGGUAGUAGUGGAAACGGAGGUGGAUCCAACACCACCGCUACAGGUGCUCAAAAAAAGCAACAUAAAUAUCCAAAGAGAUUGAGUCAAAAUCAAGAGAAAAGAGUGGAAGGAUCUGGCAGCGCAUCAUCAUACAGACCAACAACAUCAACUUUAUCUAAAACUAGAGUAGAAGAAAUGUAUAAUAGCAGAACCAAUCAAGAUAGAGAUACUAGGAAUGCUUCCCCGAUUAUUCCGUUGAGAAAUUUUAAUAACUGGGUAAAGGGAGUAUUGAUUUAUAAAUAUGUGCCUAUGCAGUCAGUGGUAUUAGAUAUCAGUUGUGGAAAAGGAGGUGAUCUCUUCAAGUACCAUUUUCGUAAUAUCAAAUAUUAUGUCGGCGCAGAUAUUGCUCAUGCUUCACUUGUGGAUUGUAGUACUAGAUAUAAUGAAAAUUCUGCUCAGUUUAAAUUCCCAAUCACACUUAUACAUGCUGAUGUUGGCAAGACGCAUAUUGAUCCUGCUCUACCAAGAGGGUUGCUUUUUGACGCUGUCAGCUGUCAGUUUGCUGCCCACUACAUGUUUGAUGCCGAAGAACAUGCAAGAAUGCUUCUUAGAAAUGUUACUGAUCGCUUGAAAAAUGGUGGUAAAUUUAUUCUAACCACCUCCGAUGCCUAUGUGCUUGUUAAAAUGCUCAGAAACGUCCAAGGAUAUACGCUCAAGAAUGAUGUUUUUGAAGCUACAUUCCAUUGCGCCCCUGACAAAUCUUUUCCUAACGUUUUUGGUAAUCGCUACGAUUUUCAAUUGAUAGAUGCUGUAGACCUAUGUCCUGAAUAUCUUGUCCCUCCAAAACAAUUCAUUGACUUGGCUAGAGAAUUUAAUUUACAUAUUGUAGAGCAUUUGAACUUCCAUGAUUUUUAUGAAAAGUAUGGAAGCAAUCAGGAAACUAAGGUCAAUGUUAAGCCAGAACUAAAGUUGGAGGGCAUGACGGAAGAUCUUUGGACAGCUAUCUAUUUAUACAGAGCCUUUGUUUUUGAAAAGCGAGGAGGUCCAGUUCCCCAAGAUCAGUAUCAAAUGCCAACUGGCUACAAAAAGCUUUCUCAGUCUGACAUUAUUUCAUUGAAAUAA